AUGAGUGCAUGUCAACCCUACGACGACUAUGCCUGGGCAAUAAGCUCCCAGAUCUGGGAGGACUGGCCCAAACUUCUUUGCACUGACGGGGACAUUUAUAAUGACAUUGCAGUCAACCUUUCUGAAAGGUUUAGUCCCCUUGAAUUUGCAGAGUUUGAAUACCUUAGCACCGGCGGCUUCAACACCUGCUUUAAGAUGACAUUUAGCAACGAUUUGAGCGCUAUUAUACGGUUCCCUAUACCCGGUAAUAUCAUGUAUCCCGAAGAGAAAACCCGCAAUGAGGUCUCUAUCAUGCGAUUUCUCUCGGAGGUAACUGCAGAUAGAACCCCAAUCCCGGUGCCUUUUGUCUUUCACUGGACAGUGACAAAAGAGAGCCCCUCGGAACUCGGUCCUUUCAUCAUUAUGAAGUAUAUUCCUCAUGAAGGAAGCUCUCUCUAUGGAAACCUCGCCAACAUAGUCCUGUCGCUAUCGACAAUUCAUUUCAAUCGGAUAGGCUCUCCUGACAAGAACGACAAUUCUAUGUGGGAAGUGAUACGUCGCCCUUUGUCUUACUCUAUGAACGAAAUUGUCCAACUAGGGACACUUCCACGAUCAAAACUACCGACUGGCACCAGCCCUACAUAUCUCACACACCUCCGACACCAAAAGAACGAGGCUGAUAUCCCGGAGGAUGUCCCGGCGGAUGCUUUCGCGGAUGACUGCCGACGCAAAUGUCUGGCUAGAAUCCUGUUCCAAAAGAUUGUUAGAAACCAGGAGCACAGAAAACAAUGGAUAUCGCACGAGAAAGGCCCAUUUCCAGGUUGGUGUGACGACUUUCAACCAGAAAAUGUUCUACUUGAUGAAGCCGAAAGCGUCGUCGGAGUGGUGGAUUGGGAGUUUACAUAUACCGCCCCAGCCGAAUUCACCUAUGCGCCGCCUUGGUGGCUCCUUCUCAUCAAGCCGGAAGAUUGGCCCAAUGGCCUUGAUGACUGGUGUACGGAGUGUGAAAAAGCGCUUCGGGUCUUUCUUGUCGCAAUGUGGAAAGUCGAAGACGAUGCGAUCCAGAACAAACGGUUACUAGAAGGCCAACGGCUAUCUAGUCGGAUGCGAGAUAGUUGGCAGAGCGGAGACUUUUGGAUUAUGUAUGCCGCAAGGAACAAUUUUGCCUUCGAUGCGAUAUACUGGAAAAAGAUCGACCGGCGAUUUUUUGAAAGCAUCUCAGAUGAACAGGACAACGUCCGCGAUAUAUGGCGCGAGAGAUUAGAUCUCUUAGAACCAGAAGAGACAAAGCUGAUGGAGGAAUAUGUGGAUCUGAAACUCUAA